UAUAGACGCUUCAGACGCGUGCGAGGUGCGGCGUUUUCGGUUCGAACUUCUGGGAAGCAACGGGUGCCAGUAGGAAGUGUGUGUCAUAUAGGUUCCGUGUGUAAUAUCCCCCACCAUGUCUAAGUCCCGAUCGCCGGCAAUGACCAACGUACCGGAGCCUGAACAUGAGGUGUUCGUCCGCUCCAAACCGGAUCCGAUUCCGUUCCAUCGCUUCCUGUACAAUUCGAACGAGGGUACGGUCCUCGGUCGCACCGGAUUGUCCUGGGCGAAAAUCGGCAUCUUCUACAUCGUCUUCUACAGUGUACUUGCCGCGCUGGUAGCCGUGUGCAUGUGGGUCUUCUUCCAGACGCUGGAUCCCCGCAUUCCCAAAUGGCAACAGGACCAAUCCCUGAUCGGAUCCAAUCCAGGAUUGGGCUUCCGUCCGCUACCGUCGGAGGAUAAUGUCGAGAGCACGCUGAUCUGGUACAAGGGCACCGAAGAGAAGAACUACAAGAUGUGGACGGACGCGUUGGACGAGUUUUUGCAAGAUUACAGAACGCCCGGACAGGUAUCGGGACGUGGUCAGAACAUCUACAACUGCGACUACAACCAGCCACCACCGAAGGGCAUGGUGUGCGAUGUGGACAUCAAGCAGUACGGACCGUGCACGCUGGAGAACCACUACAACUACCACAAGAGCGCUCCGUGUAUAUUCCUGAAGCUGAACAAAAUCUACGGCUGGGUGCCGGAGUUCUACAACGAUUCGAGCGCGCUGCCCAACAACAUGCCGGCCGAGCUGAAGGAUUACAUCAAGGAAAAGGAACAAAAGGAGCAACACACGAUGAACACCGUGUGGGUCACGUGCGAGGGCGAGAAUGCUGCCGAUAUCGAGAACGUUGGUCAGAUUCAGUAUUAUCCACGACGCGGAUUCCCAGGGUACUACUAUCCGUACGAAAACUCGGAAGGUUAUCUCAGCCCAUUGGUUGCGGUGCACUUCGAGCGUCCAGUCCGCGGAAUUAUCAUCAACAUUGAGUGCAAAGCCUGGGCGCGCAACAUCAAGCACGACAGAUACGAACGGUUGGGCUCGGUUCACUUCGAGCUGAUGAUCGACUAAAGUGGGCGCUGUCCUUCCCCCGUAUCUGCUUCAUUUUUUUGAUGAUCGGUACACCGCUGGCGUAUCUAUCGUACGGCCGAUGUGUCAUAGCAAACAACCCCCAGCAACAACCAACCAGCAACAAAUCGAAGCUGUUCCCGCGCCGCCAGCACAACAGCUAUAAGCACAACAGAAUCUCCAUCUGCAUCGAGGAUGCCUGCGCUGGAAGAGGAUUACAUCAAAAGGGCACCCGUAAACCACACACUUUCUAUCAGUUCAGCUUCAUUAUAUUGUAAGACCAGCGCAGAUCUAAUUCAGAAUCUCUCGCGAACAAAAGUUGAUAGGCGGCAGCGCGCGUUUUUUUUUGCAUCCCGAUUAGGCAGCGAUAAUCGGGUGGGCAAUAUUUUAUCAAUCGUUAAGAGCUACCUUUUAUAUAGAUCGUUAUUCGUUUUAUUUUGUGUUGCUACGAAGUUUUAGCAUUGGGGACCACUCUAGAGAGCAGAAAUUGUUUGUGUGAAGUGUAAUAUCCAGUUCGAUCAUAUUUUACAUUUCUAAUACCACAAACAUCCGUCUAUGGGUACGUUUGUUGUUGCUAGCUUGGUCGUUUCAUUAUUUGAAGAAAAUUACUAUGCAUAAUCCUACAGUCUCAUAAUGGUGCAAGCGCAUCAAAACAUCGUGCUUUUCCGGAUGAUCUCAACGUUCGUGUAUUGGUAGUAUGCCAUCCGGCGAAUCUAACCGAUGGAAGGUUUUUGAGCGAUUUGUUGUAUAUCUGUAAAUAUAUCUUCCGGAAUUGUGGGUGUUUGCUUUCACCUAGGUGAUCCACAUUACAGAGAGAAAGAUAGGAACAUGGAAUGCUUCUUAAAUCGAGCGUAGUAUUUUUUCGACCACGAGGUCGCUUCCAAUCAUAUAUUUAUCCUCACGUUCGUUUUGUACAACUGCCAAUUGAGCAAUAAUAAGCGGCUAAAAAUAUCCCACUACUACUACUCAUAACUGCAAGCGUUCAAACGAUGACUACAUUAUGACAGAAAAGUGUUGCUCUUGGGUGAGGUGGUCCCCGGGCACCAUCAACCCUCGGCAUUACGGCUCAUGUUUUAGCACUGCAUUUUUGUUUUUGCUUGAACGCGCAAUGCAAUGCACUCGUCAGGUGUGAGUACGUGUAGAAACUAAGCCUACGACGACACUACUGCACCCCACUGUUAUUACACCAUAAAUGCGGCUCAUUGGGGCUGCAAUUGUGUCCAAUUUGUCCCACCAACAGUUAGAUAGCGCAACAACUGCCUUCACUCCAGUUUCUCUCUUUCUCGAACGUACACCAUAAUGUGGUAGAUAACAACAAAAACACAAAAAUAAUAAGGGAACAAACCUUUGUAGAGUAAUGAACGAUGAAGAUUACGUUAGAUGGGACGUUGAAAAAAAAACGUAAAUCGUGGGUAGUGCGAAAACAAUCGGGGGUGGAUUCUCGGAGUCCUUUCAUCCUUUGAACCGUAUGAAUCACAACACCAAAAUAUUAAUCGCCCAACGUGAUCGGGGAGCAAACAUAGGCUAACAAUUGAAUGUCGUAUACUGAUCAAUAUUUAUUGCGUGAUUCGAGUGCCAACAGUUUGUGGUAUGUAGGAAAGAGCCUAAGAACCACCCAAUCCCGUCAGUAAAACGAGUGUUCAAAGUAAUCUUGCAAUCGUUACGGUCGCGUUACGAUAUGCUGUAACGAAAUGGCUGCGUACGUACGCAGCCAUUUUCCAAUUUAGCCUAUACAACAACCUCUAUGAAGCCACAAGCAUGGCUGCGUACUGCAUCGCUAUCAGCGAUUGUGAACAAUUUGCUUGCUUGCGUGCUCAACGACUCAAUCGCAUAUUUCAACUAGUAAACAUGCAUUUGAAAAUAGUAUCAUUAAAGCUCAACCGAUUAGCUCCCUCGUCAAAUUUUCUUCUUAUAGCCAUAUUUUAUCAAAAUCGCGUAGAACGAUUCUGUUUCAAAAUUUUCUAUGUAGGGUAACGUUUUCAAACAUUUAAGUACCUUCGGCGUGUUUUUCUGAGCACUGAAUUUCGUGUGUAGCUAGCACCAAGGAAUUGUUUCCCCGCGUCAUCUUUUAAUGUAUACUACCUAAGAAAUUGCAAAACUCAAAUUGUGCAUAAAUUAAUCUCGCAAGAAUCUAAAUCAAUUUCGUCUCAAUUCGUCCAAGGAAUCUAAAUUCCGCUCUAAUUUUACUGUUGUUUGUUGAAAAGAACAAAGAAAAAAUAAUUCGAAUAUAUAUCAAACUACCAACUCAAUCUCAAGAGGUAAAAAAAUGAAACAUUUUGAAGCUGUGUGUGUGUGUUGUUAGCUCGAUAUAGCAUAUGUGUAACAGACAAAAAAGACAGUAGAAUGAUAAAAUGUUCGAAGCCAAGCGAGCAAAUAAUCAAUUUAGCUAGAGAACUAUACUGCAUAACCAACAGUUUUCUUCAAUAUCGAGAGAGCAAAGCAUCCACAACAAGAACCGAUGCAAAAAGAAGCAUAUUUGCAGGAUGUUACAGAAUAUGCUGUGACAAAAAAAAAGAAGCAACACAUUGAUCGAUGAAUGUGGAUAGCAUGCAGUUUUAGUAUUCCCAACUUCUUUCAUCACGCGUCGAAUGAUUUGCGGGUUAGGGCGUAGGGUGCGACAGGCAGGUAGUUAACGGACACAACGUGCGUCACGGCGGCCAUCGGUCAACGGUACGCCGGAACCGAUUGUCACCAGUCAACUCGCUCCGAAACAACGUUGCGAUAGAUAGUGCUAUAAUUGCAAAUUGUAACAAGAACCUGUGUAUCCAUAAUACAACCCGAUCCGAAUAAAGAUUGCCACAUGGAAGGAAGACCA